UCAUCCUGGAUCAGAUCACUGGGCUGAACUUCCAAGACUACUGCAAGGCCGCGAGAUCCCCUGCUCGCAUGAAAGCUGUAAUCGUGCAGGGAAAAGCAGCAAACCUGGGCCUCAAGGGAUAUGAUUAACCGCCGAUCCAUUCAUGGAUGACGAAACAAGUAUCAAGCACGAGGCGGAAGGCUCGAGUGCCCGAGACCCUGUGGAAGAAAGGCCAACGGAGCCGUCUGAUGCAACUGUCACAUCUGCACAGUCUUCCGGACCCUCCGUGGCGAUCAACGAGGCGAGCCGCUUGAAAGAGCUGCAGGCCGAUGUCCGUGAUCAGGAUGAUCUGGAGCGAGAUAUCGCCCGCCAGGCAGACAAGCUGCUCCUGGAACAGGCCGAUGAGCGCGACAACAAGAGACUGGAGCGGACUACCCGCGAGAAACAGAAGGUCGAGUCACAGAUCUUGAAACUCCACCAGCGGCUAUCCCAGCCCAUCGGGACCGCGGGGAGGGUUCGCGCGCAGAAUGAACUUCAGACCCUCGAGUCACGCAACACGGCGUUGGCCAAUGACCUGGUCGAUAUCCAGCAGCGCAUCGUCGAUAGAAGUCGAGAGCAAGAGGGCGGUGGCGAGGCCUCGAGAAUCGGACGUCUGCCGAACGAGUCUCGCCGGGACUACCUCAUUCGCACGGGGAAAAUCACCCCUUUCAUGAACAUGAGUCAUGGCCCCGACCAUGGUCCUCUUGCUAGUCUGCAGGACGCUCUCAUUGACGCCGAGGAUGAGCAUGAUGAGGCAGAGGCCCUGGAGCGCUUCAAGGCUCGAUCGGCAGUCUCACAUCGGAACCUGGUGCAACCCGGUUUUGAUUUCGACGUGUCCAGUGGUCCUGACAGCACAGAUGUGUCUGCGGACAUUCGAAGUGCAAAGCGAAGAAAGGUCGGGCAUGAGCAGUUUUCUAAGAAGAUUCAUGAGAAACAGGAGGAUUUGCGCUAUAGCUCAGAAGCUCCCGAUGGCACUCGGUCGGAGAAAGAUGAUGACUCCAAUUAUGUGGCGUCAGACGGUGAAGAGUCCCAACUCGAGGAUGAAGAAGACUGGGCUCCUGAAGGACAGUCAGAGCGAGCAAUGUCCCAGAAGAAGAAAAAGAAGACGUCUGCUGAAGAUAUUGAAGACUUCACCGGGCUGGACGAUGGCAACGAGACAGUGUAUCAAACAAGACUACAAUCGUGGGUCAGUCGCAGGAGUGCGGCAAGAGAACGUGCACGUAAGACCCAGCAUUCAGGAGAAGAUGGUGACGAUGUCAUGAACGAAGAUCCGGUUUCCGACGAAGAUCAGGAACAGGACGAGUGGUUCAAACCUCACCCAACUGUCCCUGAUAUGCAUUAUGACAAUGGAUAUCGUAUACCUGGCGAUAUCCAUGCCUUGUUGUUUGACUAUCAGAGGACUGGAGUACAGUGGCUGUGGGAGUUGCAACAGCAGCAGGUUGGUGGUAUCAUUGGUGAUGAGAUGGGUUUGGGCAAGACCAUUCAGGUGAUUGCGUUCAUCGCUGGUCUGCAUUACAGCAAACAGCUCACUCGGCCCGUGGUCAUCGUGUGCCCCGCAACAGUCAUGAAGCAAUGGGUGAACGAGUUCCACCGCUGGUGGCCCCCCCUUCGCGUUUCCAUCUUACACACCUCCGGUAGUGGGAUGGUCAACCUUCGAAAUGAAAGUAGCAGGGAGGACGCGUUGCUGUCCCAAGCCUGGAAUGCUGCCACUUCUCGACGUAUGCCUAAUGGUCUGAAAGCGGCGCGCAAAGUCGUCAAGCGCGUGGUCGAGGAAGGACAUGUGCUAGUAACGACCUACUCAGGUCUCCAGACUUACGCUUCUCUUGCCAUACCAAUUGAGUGGGGUUGCGCUGUUCUGGAUGAAGGCCACAAGAUCCGCAAUCCAAAUACCUCGAUCACGAUCCACUGCAAAGAGCUUCGCACGCCGCAUCGGAUCAUUCUCUCAGGCACCCCCAUGCAGAAUAACCUCACGGAGCUCUGGUCUUUAUUCGACUUUGUCUUCCCGAUGCGGCUGGGAACUUUGGUGAACUUUCGCAAUCAAUUCGAGUUCCCGAUUCGUCAAGGUGGUUAUGCAAACGCUUCGAACCUGCAGGUUCAAACCGCCGUCAAGUGUGCUGAGACUCUGAAAGACGCUAUCAGUCCCUACCUUCUGCAGCGCUUCAAGAUAGACGUGGCUUCAGACCUUCCGAAGAAGAGCGAGCAGGUUCUCUUCUGUAAACUGACCAAGGUGCAACGAGAGGCAUACGAGGCAUUCCUUGGCUCAUCCGAGAUGCAAGCUAUCCUCAACAAGCGCCGACAAGUCCUGUACGGCGUUGAUAUCCUGCGAAAGAUCUGCAACCAUCCCGACCUACCAAGCCACAAACUCCAGUCCUCGGCAAAGGAUUACGGAAGCGGCAGCAGAUCUGGCAAGAUGCAGGUCGUAAAAUCACUGCUUGAACUAUGGAAGGACACUGGACACAAGACGCUACUCUUCUGCCAACACCGAAUCAUGUUAGACAUUUUGGAAAAGUUCGUGCGGGCGAUGUCUGGAUUCAACUACCGCCGAAUGGAUGGCACCACCCCGAUCCAGCAUCGGCAGACGAUGGUCGAUGAGUUCAACAACGACCCAGACCUUCACGUAUUCCUGCUUACGACCAAGGUCGGCGGACUGGGUGUGAACCUCACCGGUGCGGAUCGCGUCAUCAUCUACGAUCCGGACUGGAACCCAUCUACAGAUAUGCAAGCCCGCGAGCGGGCGUGGAGACUCGGGCAGAAGCGGGACGUCACGAUCUAUCGACUGAUGACGGCCGGAACCAUCGAGGAAAAGAUCUACCAUCGUCAGAUCUUCAAGCAGUUCCUCACCAACAAGAUCCUGAAGGACCCCAAUCAACGACAGACCUUCCAGAUGAGCGACUUGCACGAUCUAUUCUCCCUUGGCGAGGAUAACCAAGGGGCCACCGAGACCAGCAAGAUCUUCAAAGACACAGCAGCCACGACCUUCAAGAACGGCGACAACAACAACACAGCCUCAACGGCCGCUGCAAACCUCGCAGACGUCGAAGACGAGAAGAGGGACAUCCGCAAAGCGGCGGGCGUUGCCUCGAUCGAAGAAUACCAGGGCGAACAGGAGCAGCAGCAACAACAACAGCAGCAACCACAAAACGAGACCGAACCCUCCACCGCCGCCGGCGGGCCCGGCAAUGCAAACCAAGAAGCGCGCAUCAUGGAGAAGAUCUUCGCGCGCUCCGGCGUGCACUCCGCCCUCGAGCACGACCAGAUCCUGAACGGCAGACGCGUCGUCCGGGCCGAUCCCAAGAUCAUCGAGGCCGAAGCCAAGCGCGUGGCCGCCGAAGCAGCGGAAGAGCUCCGGCGCGCCGGGGAAGCCGCCCGCUCCGUCCCCAUCGGCACACCCACCUGGACCGGCCAGUUCGGCGUGGCCGGCAGACCCGAAGAGCGGAUAUCCUCCCCCUUUGCAAGAGGCGUCGGCGGCAGCAGCGCGAGACGGGCGGGCGCCGGCCCCUCGUCCGCUAGCAUCCUAGCCAAUCUUUCCUCUUCUGCGACUGCUGCCUCGCAGAGACCUUCCCCCGCCUCGCGAAGCAACACGAACAGCCCGGCCCCGUUGUCGUCGUCGCGGGCUGCUGCUGCUGCUGCUGCUGCUGGUACGCCCAGUGGAAUCGACUUCAUCACCCUGCUGCGCGACUUCAUCACCGCCCAUGGCGGCUCGGUCUACACGCAGAUGCUGAUCGAUCAGUUCAACCACCAUUGCACGACGCCGCAGAAGACCGCCGAGUUUAAGGAGAUGCUCAACACCAUUGCCGUCCUGGAGAAGGGGGGCCGCAGCCGACGCGGCAAGUGGACGUUGAAGCCGGAGUAUGCUAAGAAACGAUAAUCUUUCUAAUACGCUUGUUCAUUGAUUUGUAAGGGCCGACAUGUGUUUAUGAUUAGAUGUAUGAAUAGAUUCCUUGGGAAAGAAAGAUGGCUCUUAUGGGAACAUUUGCAAGUCUUCUGUGAUGAAAGAAAAUACUAGCUUCGGGCAGCGAAUUAAUC